UUAAGUGGAGCUGGGGAAAGGCAGACUGAGGCACUGAAAUAGUGGGUAAACAAAAGAGGUAUUCAUCACAGAGUCAGAGGAGCUAUGGACAUCAUGGGGGAGAUGUCCGUGCACAGCCACGGAGAGCUGGCGCACGGCGAGGAUGGCAGGGCCAUGCUGCACGCGCGGGAUCUGAGCACCGCCUUCCCUCGGCCCCCGCUGGGGGGCUCAUCCAUGUCCCUGGAGGGCCACGAGCACAGACCCCCCGGACUGGAGCACUCGCUGUCGUCGCUGAGCUACGGGGCCGAGCCCCCGGGUGGCUGUAGCAGCACCUACACCACGCUGACUCCACUGCAGCCUCUGGAGGAGAAGUUCCACCACCACCACCCGCACCCCCACCACCACCACCCGCACCCCCACCACCACCACCCGCACCCCCACUCCUGCCUGCCCGUCAGCAACGUCAUCGGCAGUUUCACGCUGAUGCGCGAGGAUCGGGGUCUGGCUGGAAACUUCUACAACACUUAUGGCAAAGAUCUGGCCAUGCCGGCGAGCCUGUCUCCCCCGACUGCCGGCGCCAGCGUGGGGGUGGUUCCACAUGGGUAUGCCGGCAUGGGAACCAACCCCGGGAGCAGCCAGAGUCUGCCCGGCGGUUACGAGGUCCACUUGGGCGGUAGUGGCGGUAACAUCUUCUGCAGAACGGCAGAGUUCGUGCGUGAGAUGUCCCCCCCGCCACUGGGUGACACGGGUCACCAGUUGAGCAAGAUGGAAGUCUCCCAGCACCCUUCACAUGGCCACCAAGCGCCCAUGUAUGGGCACCCCUAUCAGCAGCACCCUCUGAGUCGGCGUGCCUCCGCCUCGCCUCUGAAUGAGGACGUCUCUCCCGGCCUCCAGGUCGGAGGCAGCGGAGGCGGUGGCGAGGAAAUCAACACCAAGGAGGUGGCCCAGAGGAUCAUCACAGAGCUGAAGCGCUACAGCAUCCCACAGGCCAUCUUUGCCGAGCGCGUGCUCUGCCGCUCACAGGGAACCCUCUCCGACCUCCUGCGCAACCCCAAGCCCUGGGGCAAACUCAAAUCCGGCCGUGAGACUUUCAAGAGGAUGUCCCGCUGGCUGCAGGAGCCCGAGUUCCAGAGAAUGGCCACACUGCGGUUAGAAGCCUGCAAGCGGAAGGAGCAGGACCAGGGCAAGCUGGAGCGGAACCAGGGGCCCAAGCGCACACGGCUGGUGUUCACGGACCUCCAGCGACGCACCCUCAUGGCCAUCUUCCGGGAGAACCAGAGGCCUACCAAAGACCUGCAGGUCACCAUCUCCCAGCAGCUGGGCCUGGAGCUCACCACCGUCAGCAACUUCUUCAUGAACGCCCGUCGCCGCAACCUGGACCGGUGGGCCGAUGAGGGUCGCCCCUCCUCCACAGGGUCCAGCGGCUCUACUUCCGCGGUGUCCUGCAGCACAGCAUGACUGGAGAUAGGGGCGGGGUCUUGGGAAUGGAGGGUUAAGUGACCAGCCAAUAGGAUUAACUCCCCCAAGACAAACGAGACCUUUGCUUUCUUCUUAAACCUUCUUUUUAAAGACCAUCUCAGCACAUCCAAACCAAAGAAAGUCACCCCUCAUUCAAGAUGGACCAUCAGAUGAUUUUUAAGGUCGUCUUAGACUUUUGACAAAAUGCUCGUCCUAUUGACUGCCAUUAAGGAGGCAUGAUUGCUGAAACAAAGUUAUCACAAUGUCACACUAUGUUGCUAUCGGGGG